AUGGUUUCUGCCGCGGAGACAGCGAUGGCUCAGCCUUCGUCGGGCGUGGUUUCUCCUCCCCAAAAGUUCGUCUCGCGGUCGAGGACCCAGAGCAUAUCCAGCGACCGGCCAUCGACCGUCGCAUACAGCAUGAUGUCGCCGCCCUUGUCUGUUUCGCCCGAGGCUGCCUUCAUCGCAUCUUCGGCCGCAUCGCAGAUCGUCACCAACGAUCAUGACAGCCACGCUGACGCCUGGUACGACCAGCAUGGCAUCGAGCCGUCGGGCGAGACGGCCGCGGUCUCGCCCGCUGCCCUGCUGCUAGUCAAUAAUUUUCUCGACCAGCUUCUCUUCAACAUCCUCUCUAUUUCGCGCUCGACAUCGCUCACGUCGCUGCGCCCGGCCGUUUCCGAAGUCCUCAAACCAAAGCUCGCCAAGGACGCUGUGAACCAAGCAGACGAGGAACUGCGGGAAUACCUUGGAGGCGAUGACGACGACGUGACACAGACCAAAUCUCUGGAGCCAGCCUCGCCGUCUGACUGGGACCUGGAGCUGGUGUGGAAGCGCACACGACUUCGCUGCAUGGUGUACUCGUCGCUCGGCGACAUGGAGGAGGAAGACGAAGACUAUUACAUGGAAGAGGGGCAUCUCGAGGCGGGUCUUGGCGACCACCUCUCCGAGGUUGUCUCUCCCGCCGUUGCAAUCUUCCUCACCUCCAUCCUGGAGUUCAUGGGCGAACAGGCGCUGAUUGUGGCUGGUCAAGCCGCGUACCACCGCAUUCGCGUCAAGUACGAGAAAGAGCUCAAAGAGGGUGUGCGAAGCCCCACAAAUGUUGCCGAAAAGAUCGUCGUCGAAGAGCUGGACAUGGAGCGUGUUGCCCUUGACCGGACUCUGGGCAGACUCUGGAGAGCCUGGAAGAAGAAGAUCCGUUCACCCGGCAUUGGCCCCAUGGACGGCCGCUUGACCCAUUCAUACUCGAAAGAUUCGAUACGCACCGCUUCCGGGCACUUGCGGUCGCCUAGCAUCACGGCAGAACACGGGGUUCCCGCAACUGUCCCCGAGCCUUCUACCCAGGAAGAGGACGAGGCCGAUAUACCGCAAGACGAACGGAUUCAAGAGCCGGCUGAAGAAUAUCUGGUUGCUGCUGCCAUUCCUCUUCCGACGAAAUCCAACGACGUUGAUGAGAUCGAAGUUCCCGGACUUGCCUCCUACAGCGAUGACGAGGCCGAAGACGACGAUGUUGAUGAGCAAGAAGCCUUGCCAAUCCGCCCCAAGAGUAUGAUGGUACUGCCAUUGACUGGCGCUCAUGAUCCAUCGACGCCCACCCAAUCACAACCUCAAACCUCUGUCUUCCCGGCUAGAAAGCGCUCCAAUUCGCUCCCUACACCCGCGGCAACGCCUUACAAUUCCAAGGCAUGGGCUCAGGAAGUGGAGGCGGAGGCCCAAAUGUCCCAGACUGAGAAUGCCGUGGUUUCAGACGGCAUCUUGGCCGAGCGGGGUCCCCAGGAUUCUGCAACCGCUGAAACCGAAAGCGACGAAGCCCAAUCUCCUGUUCCUGCGCAAUAUGCCGAGCUAGAGGCCGACCUAGAGGUUCCGCACGACUCGGUCGAUGAUGUGCAUGGAGGCGAGGACGAGGAAGAAGACGAGGACGAAACCUUUAUCGAGGAGCCGCAGAUUCUCACAUCGUCACGGAUUUCAAUAUCUGGCAGAAGCUCGUCCCCCUCAGCAUCAGAUUAUGGAAAACCCACAGCCAUCAUCACAAACCUGCCUGUCAGGUCGCCAAGCGUUCACUCUGCACGCUUGAUUGACGUAUCCAGUCCCCGGAGCCCGGCGGUUGGAUCGCGACGUGGCUCUGCCGACGUGGGCGACUAUAUCCGCCAAAAUAGCUUUGCCUGGACCAGCGGUGGAAUGACCCCUCCUAUUGUCGAAGAGGGAUCUCCUCGCUCGCCCGAAAGCCUGACUACCCCUAAGGCAUCUGCACAAUAUAGCAACAAGUCCGCGUUGACUGCAAAUACCUCGAUUCCCAUGGAGAGGAUAGGUCCGCUAAAUAGCAACCCGCCCUUUCCGGUUAGUCCUGUUAGCACCGUCAGCCCGAUCAGUCCGGUUGUCCCUGCCGGGGCCGGCCUUGAAGCCAUCCCGGAGCCGACAACCACGGAAAGGUUUGAGAAAAUCGGACCUACGCUUGGCCAGCGAACCGUUGGCUCAGAGGUUGGCCGCGUCUCGGCACCCCUCUCCCCUGCUAAACCGACAACAAAGGUUACCAUUUUGUCUUCGUCGUUGUCAUCCGGGACCUUUUUUAUCGAAGACAAGUCAGAGGCACCGUACAGGCCGUCAAACCAGAACUGGUCUCAGGCACCCGCCCAGGCACCCAUCUCUUCCUCGCCGCCUCAGCCGCCACCGGCUCCCGCAGUUCCCGAGCGAAGCACCGGGAGGCAAGCGAUUGCCAACACGUCGGCUCAUCUCCAGCCAGCGACGAUUGGCGUCGUGUCGGUGGAGCGUCCACGGACCCGUAGCCCUUCGGAAACUGUCUCGUCUCGCUCCAACGAAGCCUCGACUUCGGCGACGCGUCCGCAGCACACGUCUGCCUCGUCUUCGUCGUCCUCCACCACCAAGCUCAAGGCCGUACGAACUUCUGAGGAUAGCGGGCCGUCUCGUAUGGACGUCGUGCGUAACUUUGAAGAGCUUAUCCAGAGCGACCAGACGAUACAGUAUACACUGACGCCUGAGAGCAUGCGGGAUAUUGACUCGCAGUCAACACGGUCAAUUACAUCCGGCAGCCCCCUCGUGUCGGGUAAGGCCCGGAAGAGUGAAGACGCUCGCCAAAAUGGCGACCGGUCUCGCUCCUCGUCCGUCGUUCGUCCAAUCGACCCUAGAGGGUCACCUUCGGGCUCGCGCUCUACCGGGACUGGGUCUUACUCCGGCCCCGACGUACAGCGCCAUAUUAGCAACAGCACAGUCUCUAGCGCCGUCGCUGGCAAACCAUCGGGCCCGGUACCGCGAUCUGGAAACCUUAUUUCAAGGCCACGCCCCAACGGCGCCCAAGCUAGAGACGCAAGAAUGCCGCGUGAAUCUCUUGCGGAAUUCGCCGACUUCAUCCGCUCAACUGGUCCCAACGGCCCGCCGGUUUCCCUGAACCAGCCUCCAGCCUCAAACGCUCUCCGCAACCCCGGAGGGCCUGGAUUUGGAUCGAAGGCCAGCAUCGAGUCUGGCCGGACAUCUUCUGUCAGCAAUAUCAGCCGGCUGCGACUUCAGGCUCGGGAAGCGGCUGUUGACUACAAAGACGACAACUCGGACUUGAUUGAUUUUAUCCGCCGCGGCCCGCCGAGCUCCACUGGCAAUCCGCGCAUCCCGAGGACGGUAGCACCUUUCCGGACAACAAUGGACUCGGACCAGAUGUCUGCCGCUGUUGGUGGUAGAGCCGUAGACGCUCAACUGCGCGAAGUUGAUGUCAGAAGCAGCCAGGCUUCAACUAACGCUACCGACUAUUCCAUUUCGCAUCAGUCGUCCAUUAAUUCUACAAGUGCACUUCUUGGGAGGAAUAAGGCUCUGCCAAACAUGCAAUUUGGGCCUGGGGAAGACGACGAUAUGCCGAUUCCGAAGCGGAAAACCCGCCGCGUUCGCGACCCUUACGCUAUCGACCUCAGUGACGAAGAUGAGUUCGACGAGGGAGAACAGAUGCCCAAGUCGAAUACUCGUGUGCAAACGCAGGAGGAGAGUCUUAUGGACUUCUUGCGGAGUGUUCCGCCACCGCCGGAGCCAGUUGUUCAGCCUUUUAUCAACGCACGGGCGCAGAAUCAGCCGAAGAAGAAGGCCAGUGCACCGAGCCUGAUGGCCAGGUUCACGAGACGCGACAACGGCCAGUCGAGUAAGCCUUUCUCGUCGGGAUCCGGAAGCCCUAAGAGCCCCAAGAGCCCCAAAGCAGCUGCUGCCGAGUCGAGGAGUCUGAGCAGCCGCGCAAGCGCCGGAAGAGGAUACAUUCCCAUUCAGGUGAAUAUGCCUCCUGGGGUUGACAAGUACGCGCCGAGCUUGGGUGGGUCGAAAGCAGCAGCCAUGAUGGGAGGCGGACCGCCAGCUAGUAGGGGACGGGUUCCUAUGAAGAGGUUUGAGCCUCGCGAUGCCGUGUCGGUACCGUCCCGUGGAACGUCAGACCUGGCAGAGUUCUUCAAGAAUUCGGAACCGCCACCGAAUGUGGCACCCCAAUAUCCGGUAGCCGUCGGUCGAGACGAACCGAACGGCAUUUCCAACCUAUUUUCCAGGCGCAAAAAGACGAGCGCCGCUUAA